AUUAAUCCCAACUCUCCAACCCCCAUAAUUUGCUUUAUCCAUCGCCUACUCCUUUUCUUGGGUUCACAGUUUGUUAAUUACCAUCAGAAAGCUUGCCAACGAAUGUCGUCCUGGCUGAGGUCUGUAGUGAGUUAUGCUGACUCCGUCGUUCAACAUGCCGGCCAAGCCGUUGCCGAGGGUGCUAAAGUUCUGGAAGAUCGCAUUGCUGGUCAAAAUUUCAAAAGUGUUAAGAAGACAGUCGAGAGAUUGGAAGAAGCUGCUAUUUGCUAUCAGGGCCCUGAAAGAGUACAAUUGCUUAAAAGAUGGUUAGUUUUGCUUAAAGAGGUUGAGGAAAUGUCUACUGCUUUGGAUGAAGAUAAAGAGAAGACCCUUGAGAAGCACUUUGCUGUUGACAAAGCAAAGGAGAAUUUGAGGAAACCAUCUAUGGUUUUGUAUUAUGAUGCUGAUGUUGGAGGUGAACCAUUAAAUUUCCGUGAUGUUUUCAUUCGAAGUCAUUCUUUGGAGGGUAUUAUAUUAUCAAUGAUUCUUGAAGUUCCUAAUGAGGAAGAGGUUUCUGUUCUCCUAGAGAUCUUCAGGCUUUGUCUUGCUGGGGGAAAAGAUGCUCAUAGUGCCAUAGUUAGAAGCAUUCAGAAUCUGGCAAUAACAUUUUUGAACUAUCAAGAAGAAUUAUUGAUGAAGCGCGAGGAGUUGCUUCAGUUUGCACAAGAUGCCAUUACUGGGUUGAAAAUCAAUUUUGAUAUUGCAAGAAUAGAUGAUGAGUCCUCUAAUCUUAGGAGAAAGCUCAUCCAGAUGGAAACUUCAGAGUUAUAUUCAAGUGAAGGGCAUGAAGCAGCUGAAGAAACAAUAAAGGCUUCAAAAGUCGCUCUUUCACAAAUUAGAAUUUGUUCCAGACUUGAAGAACUAUUACUGAAGAAAAAAGUUCUAAAUAUGGGAAAAUAUCCAGAGAUUCAUGCCCAAAAGAUUGACAAGUUGAAGGUGUUGUUGGAAUCUCUCGCCAGCUCUGCUGCAAAAGCUGAAAAACGUCUUUCAGAUAACAGACUACAAAAAGAGGAGGCAUUAAAAGUUCGUGAGGCCAAAGCCAUUGAAGCUAAUGGAAAAGAAAAGUGUUGUUCAGUUUAUUUUACUACUUGUUUUCAGGAAAUAGUUGCUGAGAUAUUAGAGCUCCAACGGAAAAAAGAUGAUCUUGAAGCUGAAUUGAAAAAGGUUAAUACUUCUUUGGCUGCUGCUCAAGCACGAUUAUCGGAUGCAAGAGAGGAGAAGGACCAAUUUGAGGAGGCAAAUAAUCAGAUUAUUGAACAUUUGAAAACAAAGGAAGAUGAACUUUCAAAAUCUAUUACCUCAUGUAAGGUAGAAGCAGAUGUUCUGAACAUCUGGAUUAGGUUUCUUGAAGAUACUUGGGAUCUCCAGCGAUCAAAUGCAGAAAUUCAUGAGAAGCAGGUCAAUGGUGAGCUGGAGAAGCACCAGGAAUACUUCGUAAACUUGGCCAUUCAACUUCUUACUUCUUACAAGAAAGAAUUGGAGCCUUGGGUCAGCCGUAUUGGUUCUUUCGUGGAGAACCUAAAAAAUUUAAGUCAUGGCAGGUCAGGGAUGCCAUCCCAUACAGAUAAUGAGGAUUCGAAUCUGAGUCCAAGGAAAAGUCUUGAGGAGGAAUAUUUGGCUUACGAAACCAAGAUUAUAACCACCUUCAGUGUAGUGGAUAGCAUGAAACGAUAUUUUGAGGCUCAACAGGAGAAAAGUUCCAGGAACGAUGAACAUGUUAGAGAGCUUUUUGAUGCUAUCCAAAAGUUACAGACACAAUUUGAUUCUAUCGAGAGGCCCUAUUUAGAAAUUGAGAGCCGCGGUGGCGAGGCCGAAGUCUCAUCUCAAAGGAAACAAGGCAGCACAUUAGCGACAGCUCAAGUUACUGAGCCUUCAGAGACACAGAACGAUGAAGAGCCAAAAUCAGCUGCAGCCAGGACUGAUCAGCCGCUGAAUCAUGAAGCUGAAUUGAGCGAACUAGAAUCUGACUCUGGAAAGCUUGACCAAGACUUAUCAACAGAGGAAGUUGGUGGGUGGGAUUUUGAUGAGCUUGAAAAGGAAUUGGAGCAUGCAAAUUCAGCUGCCAGCAGUUAGGCCCAUCUACUCCAAAUGCAUACUUGCUGAUUUGUGGAGAACUGAUACUUCAAGAUCAGAGUUAUAGUAGAUGCCCGAUACCCGUCCGACACUUGUAUAAAGAUAUGGCAUGAAUUGUAUUUGAACAGUACAUGUUUGUUGUGUCGUGUUUUGUAUACUUCGUAGUUAAUUCAGUGAUGUAAGGAGCUCAAGGAUGACACAAAGUGAAAAUGUAAAACUCUAGAUAAACCGUUCAAUGGAGCUGCAGUGUGGAUCAAAUUGUUGCAGUAUCAAACUAUAGCACUCUUAUGAACAACUGCAACUCGUUAUUGGGCUGCAUGUUAAUAUAGUCUUAUCUUUCUUCCUCUUGGAA